UCAAACGUACGCUUUGACGAUGCCGAAGUUCAGUCGGGUGUUCCUGUACGUUGAAAUCAUCGUCCUCCGCAGAUUCCAACACGUUGCUCGCCAUUGCAUUGCAACGUCACUUCUGGUAGCCCUUGCGAUGGAUAGAGUGACCACACCCCUGUGUCUUGAACUUCGGGUAUGUUCGGGUAGGACUCAAUAUGUGUCAUAAAAACCUCAUUUUUAGCUAAACUAUGGUUGAAAACUUGUUGGAAGUUAUGUGCAUGUAUUAUAUAACAUAUAAACAAUGCAAAUAUGAAUUUUAACUGACCCCAUAACAUCUUUGUCAUCUGACCUUUAAUCACAGGCCCACAGUUCACAAAAACAAUCGUCUCGUAUUUUUCUGUAAUGUAAUGUCAUGUAAAUGGGAGCUCCUCUGUGCUCAUCUUAAGCGAGUGGUUACAUUGAGGCCAGAGGCAAUUGGGCGAGCGGUGCAAUUCUUUCCCAUUCAGCUGGGGAACCUUUCAAAGCUUUUCAAGUGCUCAGCUGUCCCCAACAGUCACACAUGCUCUCCCAUGGUGAGUCGGGGCAGGGCCGGACUGGCCAUGCUGGCAUUUCUCUUCCCGAGCUCCCACCUGUUGGAGCCUCAUUUGGAACGGCGGACGUGGAAAAGUCGGCCAGAAAAGAAUUUUUCUAGAUACGUGUGCUGUGUGGCGUCGCAUGAUUUUUAACAGAACAACCCAAGUAGCAGCAACAUCGCCAGUAGUUUGUUUUCUUCUUAUCAGGAAAAUCAGCGUGACUCCCCUUUCACAUAAAGUCGUGAAAUCUGCUGGGACCACAAACCUCAGCUUCUGAUACUUCUAGGACCCCAAACGUCAGUUUUUGGUACUUCUGGCACUCCAAACUUGGGCUUCUGGUACGUCUGAUACCUAAAACCUCAGCUUUAGUUACUUCUGUGACCCAAAACCUCAGCUGUGCACCAUGGCGAACUACGACUCGCUGGAUGACAAGGACUCUGUGGAUAUUCAUGACAACCCCCCUCUGCCGGAUAAUGUGGUGAAAGAGGAUGAUAACACGGUCUACUUCAUCUACAACGAGGAGGUGGCGGAAGAGGAGCGAGACGAGCCGCCUCCGCCAGAAUCCAUCAAAGCCAUCAACGACCGGCCGCACAAGUUCAAGGAUCACUACUGCAAGAAGCCCAAGUUCUGCGACGUGUGCGCGCGCAUGAUCGUUUUAAACGACAAGUUCGCAUUACGCUGCAAGAACUGCAAAACCAGCAUCCACCACCAGUGCCAGUCCUACGUAGAGUUCCAGAGGUGCUUUGGCAAAAUUCCUCCGGGGUUCAGGAGAGCGUACAGUUCUCCUCUGUACAGCAGCCAGCAGAAUGCUACUGUCUCCCAGCUGUUGCCCUUCUCGCAGUCAAAUCGCACUGACCCCGUGUUCGAGACGCUGCGCAUCGGCGUCAUCAUGGCCAACAAGGAGCGCAAGAAAGGCUCCGAGGACAAAAAGAACAUGACGAUGAUGAUGAUGGAGGAAGACGAGUCCCAGCCCAAACAGCAGGAGAACGGCGGUGAAGGAGCUAGCUCAGAGGGAGACAAGCGAGGAGACAAGGCUCCAGCAGAUGACAAGAGUAAAAAGCCUCAUCCGGGGAAGAUCGGCGUGUUCAGUCAGUCUCAUUACUACUUGGCUCUGCACAGUUUCAAGGCUAUCGAGAAAGAUGACCUGGACGUACACGCUGGCGACCGUAUCACAGUGAUCGAUGACUCCAAUGAGGAGUGGUGGAGGGGGAAGAUCGGCGAGAGGGCAGGCUUCAUCCCGGCCAAUUACAUCAUCCGAGUACGAGCCGGAGAGCGAGUGUAUAAAGUGACGCGCUCCUUUGUUGGCAACAGAGAGAUGGGCCAGAUUACCCUGAAGAAAGACCAGAUUGUGGUGAAGAAAGGUGAUGAGGUGAACGGUUACCUGAAGGUUAGCACGGGACGCAAGCUGGGCUUCUUCCCUGACAACUUACUGCAGGAGAUCUGAAGGGUUUUUUGGGGGGCUGGUCCAACAAUAGCUUAUUAUAAAGAAUUGUCACCAUAAAUAUUACAUUCAUAUGAAUACAAUUUUAAUUUCAAUCCAUCUGAAUAGCUUGGACACAAUGGCGGCCAGCAACGAGUUGAGCACUGAUGCUAAUGUAGCGGCAGUUUUAUUAGAAUUGAUGUACUUCAGUUUGGCCUCGACUUGAUGUGACUGCUCAUUGCUGUAGUUUCUAUUGGCGCUUUCUAUGAAUGUGGUUUGAAAACGGACAUUCUUGGCAUGCAAAUGAAGGAAAUGAAACUUAAUUUAAGACGAUACUGUAUUAAAAGAGUCGAGACUCAUGGAUAUUCUAUGAACAGAUGCACUCAUUUGAUCUCUGUUGUAGUUCACUGUAGCAAACUGUACUUUUUAGUUUAUGACAAAAGACAGAUUGAAGGCCAACAUUUUGACUGAAUCUGUAAUUGGUGAAGAAUAGGUAUAUUUUUAAGAUGGAAAAUGACUUUUUGUUUACCUUGACACAUGCAGUAUUGCACCAACUAUCUAACUCGCUAUUUAUCGCUAUCUAGUUGGCUAGCUAGCUCGCUAUCUUGCUAGCGAGCUAGCUACCCCAAAGGGUCUUCGUAGCUUCGAAAAUGAUCUAAUGGUGUUUCUUUCACGUUUAUCUCUUGUAACACACAAAAAAAGUGGAUCACUUACUCUCAAAAUGGAAAAUAGAGCACACAGACAACUUCAGGUUCGUGGAUAUGGAUUUUUCGGAAUUGGAAAAAGGAUAUGGCUCAUUGUCAAAAGGUGAAGGAAAAAACAUGAAAAGGACAUCUUACCACAAUGAUUCCUCGUGCCAUUUACAGCUCAACUAUAGAGUACAACCAUUGAGCACAGUCUGAACAAUCCAUCCAUUUUCAAUAGCGCUUGUCUUCAUUAAAUUGCAGGUAAGCUCGAGCCUGUCCCAGCGGCACAUUCAUCCAUCCAUCCUUUUUAUAUAGCGCUUGUCCUCAUUAGGAUCACGGGUGAGCUGGAGCCUAUCCCAUCUGUCUUUGGGCGAGAGAAGCGGGGUGCACCCGAACUGGUCGCCAGUCCAUUGCAGUGCACAUAUAGACAAACAAGCUUUUACAUUCACACUGAAGGAGUCUUGAAUGAAACUAUCAUGCUUUUUAUUUUUAUUUCUGAGUACCCAGAGAACACUAACAUGAACUCCACGCAGGAGCCAUAUUUUUUUCUACACGUAAACCAAAUUACUUGAAAAAGGAAUUCCAAACAAGCAGUAGUCCAGAAUGUAUAGGAUUUUUUUUUAAUGGCAUCCUUCAAAAUUAUCCGGACAGAUCGGCCACAUUCAUGUGACGCAUUUAAAGACCUUCCGAGGGACGCGUUACUAUUUCCCGUGCGGCGUAAUUGGCAACGGGAAGAACCGAGGGGCCAGUUUGCCAUGUCGAGAGGCAUCUGGAAUGACGGGAAUGGCAUUCCGGUGAGGACCGCAGGUCCGAAUAUCACAAAGACAGACGGGUUUGUGUCAACACCGCACCUCUUUGCUCGUGUUGACACCGUGUGGCCCGAAUCCGUUUUCUCUUCAGAUGUGCUGCUUUCCAUGCUUGGAUCCAGACGCUGAGUUUGUCAUUUGUCAUCUGAGGGAAGCAGCGGCGAGUAGGUGGAGACGGGUCACUUGCGGCCCAGGAAACAACCUCCCCCACCCGAUGCCAAGCUGUAGCAUAUCGCAAACCUGCAUAAGCAGACACGUAGGAAUAAUAUGCCUUAAAAGUCAUCACGCGUGACGUCAUGUGAGCAUGCCUCGCUACAGCUCAGUUCAACAAGCUUCAAGGGAUUAUAAACUCGUUUUGAUUGUUGUUUGAAUGCAUUGUGUAAUAAAAUGAAUAAAGGGCUGUGAAGAAGAAAAAAACGCAGUGGUGUUGACUGCUACUAACAAUAUAACUGUGAUUGACUGGUGACCUACUUCUCUUGCCACUUCUCUGGACCCUGCCUCUCGUGCCAAAAGUCAGCUGGGAUACACUCCAGCUACCCGCAACCCCAAUGACGACAAGUGUUAUUGGAAAUGCAUGAAUGGACAAGGAUGUCCAGGAUGUACCCCGCUUCUCUAGCCAAAAGUCAGCUCGGAUAAGACUCCAGCUCAUCCAUGACCCUAAGGGAGGAUAAAAUGGAUGGAUUUAUAUGCAAUCCAUCUACAAAAUGAAGACAUUGUUUCUUUGGCAAUUAGGCACCAAUCCACAAAACACAAAUAUUUGUGUGUGUGUGUGUAAAUCCUCAUUCAAACAGGACGUAUUGAUAAGCAUGUCAUGCGAUGCUUGUUUUAGCCAACAGAGGUCACUCAUGCGCCGCAUUUUGAUCCAAACUCAACUGACCAAAACCUAUUAGAAUGUUAUUGCACUUUGACUCAACCCUAUUAAUCAAAUACGAGGCGAUUAUACUUGCAUGAUGCAUUAAUGUUCAUUCAGUCAGAGUUGUUUGUCUGCCAAUAAUCAUAACAUGCGUCAUGUCUAAGGGUAAUGAAAUCCCAAUAUUAUCAAUGAUGUGUCUGUAAUUUGCGGCAGUGAAAAACAACACGUUGCCAUGUUUCAUGCUGCAUGUACACUGUGCAGAAAGUACCACCUUGAUCAUUUAGCAUUUACAAAAAGCUCGAGAGAUGGAAAAACAAAUCUAUAUUAGCAAUUGUCUUGGCCUGGUAGACUCGUAUUGAGUUUUGUCAUUGAGAAAUGGAGAAACUCAGCAGGACAUUGCCAAAACUGCUUCCUGUCUCCAUCCUCUCACAAACUACUAAAACCUUGCAAGCACAUCUCUUCACCUGCCUAAAAUAAGAUAAUCUAAAAUGAUCUAAGUAAAGAAACAAAAACAAAAACAAAACAUGAGCAACCAAAAUAAGUCUCUCUGUUGUGAGCUAAAACAGGACAAAAUUACAAGACUGUAAGAUCUGGUCCCCGCAACAAUGCUAAGCUAACUAGCAGAGCUGCUGUCAACCAAGAAAUGCUGUGAUAAGAUGACAAAAUAAAGUGUGUGAAGAGGUUAGAAUUACAAUGCAAUAUAAUAAAAUGAGCUAAGCUAAAAUAAACGAAACAAAGUCAAGCUACACAAACAAAAGCUAAGAUGACAAAAUGACGACUCCAAUAAUUUAAGAUAAACAAGGACAAAAAUCUUAGCUAUACUAUGCUAAGCUAACUAGCAGGCAAACCACGAAAAUGCUAUGCUAAGAGAAUAUGAUAUACGAGUUCACAAGUCCUAGUCGUAAAAUACUGUAGGUCAUAGAAUAUAAUGACAAAAACAAAGUCAUCAAUAAUAUAAGAUAAACUGGUUGAGACGAUAAAACAAGAUACGAUGCAAUACAAUGUGAGCUCACCUCAGCUAAACGUGUUAAAUGUGCCAAGAUCAACGAAACAAAGUCAAGCAAAAUGACUUUGUCUAAAAAAGAUAAGCUGGUAUAAGAAAAUAAGGCUUCUCCAUCUAUAAGGUAAGAUAAGAUACAAGGCAAUAUGACAAGAUAAAGUUAAGAGACUAAAGACAGUCAGGCUAAAAACAGGAAAAGCUAAGCUACGCUAGCACAAUAAAAUCCAUCCUUCUAAAAGAUAAACCAAAGCAAGACAAAUAUAAAGUAUGCUAGCUUAUCCCAGCUAACUUUUGGUGAGAGAAGUGGGGUCCAUUUUGGGCUCGUGACCAGUCAAUCACGGGGCACAUCUAUCCAUUUUCUCUGCUGCUUUUCCUCAUUUGGGUCGUGGGGGAGCUGGAGACUUUCCCAGCUGACUUCUGGCAGCAGUGAGAGAACCGGGGUCCACCCUGAACUGGUCACAAGUCAGUCCCAGGGCACACCCACCCACCCACCCACCCAUCAAUUUUCCAUAGCACUUGCAUCCUCAUUAGGGUCGCAGGUAACUGGAAUCAAUCAAAGCUGACGUUUGGCGAGAGAAGCGGGGUCCACCCCGGACUGGGAACAUAUAGACGGACAAGCAGAGAGGGUGACGACACACACAAUAGUUUACUGAGCGGAUCCUGAGAGCGCGAAGGGAGGUGAUGCAGGGUUGGAACCAAUUAGGCCAAGAUGAGCCCCCCCCACAAUCCCCCCCAGCCCCUCCUCCUUUUCCUCCCGGGGGGUGCGCCCCGGUGACAAGAUGAGGGAUCGUCAUCAUUACUGUUAUUUAUUUGCUAAGCAGAGGCCGACUGUGGGGCCGAUCCUAAUAGGAUUCACGCAUUUGCAAUGAGCGCCUUUAGCUUUUGGGCUUUGGGUGGCAUGCGCCGGGAGAAAGUGUGUUUGUCUGUGUGUAGGUAAUGAAAGCAUGCGGAGAUUUUGGAAGCAGCAUCACAAUAAACGCCUUUUAAUCAAUUAUGCAGCCCCUAUUGUAAGCCCCGCGAACUAUCAUCAAUAAUACGUGGCGGCAAGCUAGCGACGUUGCAUGAAUAACUUCUGCACGGGGAGGGGGAAUCAAUCGCAAUUCCACCGCAUGCUUGGGAAUCCAAAUGAGUAUUACAGAUAGGCUCGUGUAUCGUUUAUUAUUAUUAAUAUUGGUCCCUGUAUAAAGUUAACUCAAAAUGAGUUCAUAAUAUCAGUUACACUUUAUUUUCUGUUGUUUCAGAAAAGUCAGAUGAAUGCCAAAGUAGACAUUUUAGACCUAUAAUUAAUGCUAACAUAUGCUAAUGCCUGACGCGAAAUUCAGCAAUAAAAAUUAAAAAAAAAGUAAUUUUAUUAUUUUUAGUUUAUUUUAGUUAUGUAAACAAUGAUACCUUACCAAAGUUAUGUUCAGAAAAAUCACCAGCGGAAACAUUCUAGUACUACAACAAAUGUGGUUAAAUACAAAAAUAAAGGCUUUUUGUACGAAUAAUUAAUGCUUACAUAUACUAAUGCUACGAGUGUGGCGAAAUGAGGGGAAAAUACAAAUGGAAAAAUAAAAUUCAAUGUUAUUGUUUUGGUUUAGUUUGAGUAUGUAAAUUUAAAAUUGUAAAAGUUGUUUUAAAAAAAAAAAAAAAGCCAAAGAAAUUUUUAAAAAUUGUUUAACCAAACGGCUCAAUCAUAUGAAUAAUUCUAACAUUUGCUAAUGCUAAGACUAAGUGAAAAUUCACAUUUUUUUUUAUUUAGGUAUUUGGAUACAUAAUUUAUGUUUGAAAAGAAAUAAUUAAAAAAAAAAAAAAGCACCAGAGGAAACUUAUUUUUCUAUUUAUGAAAGCACAGAAACUUUUUUUAAAAGAUGUAAUUAACACUAUCAUAUGCUAAUGCCAAGAGUUAGAUGCUAAUUGUUAGCCCGUGUGCCAAUCGUGUUUCCCAUUUCCCGUUGUAUGUUAGUUAGCAUGAAGAUAGCAGAGGUUACAGUGUGUUUGUUUUGAAUACACAGUGUGUAAUUGUCUUUGUUUUCUGUUUAGGUUGAUAGCAACCUUCAGCUAACAGUGGGUAUAAACAUCAAUAUUUUUACAAUUUUUUUUAAAGAAUUGUUUACCAUCUGCUAACUUGCGCUUGUUGUGAAGUGGGAUUAGUUCACUGCCACCAUACAGCGCGUCCAAGUCGGGUCACUAGUAUCUCAAGUGUCCCACUGUAUUAGGAAUGUUCAAAUGUGACUUCAACCAUUGCCUAAUGGUGACGGUUUGAUCAUAGAACAUUUCCACUGUCAAGCGCAGUUGUUGAAAACUCCCCUGAAUGCAACAAAAAAAUAGAAGAAACGAUAAAAUAACUAAUAAUAAAUAAUAUUUUCUCCACUGACAUUAUGCUAUUUUAACAAUGUGAAUUCAGUGUUAGGAUCAAUGUGCACAUCCUUUGUCUCCACAUAUGGGCGCUUUGCAUUGGGGAGAGUGUUGAUGUGUGUUUGUGUGUGUGCGUGAUUCAGAUGUUGUGGAAGCGUAACUAUACUUAGUCCAUAAGUCACGAUGCUCUCCAUUCCGAAGACACCUUCGGGGCCCGCAUUACACCCAGCGAGACUCCAUCACGGCCUACGCCAAAUCGAUAAUCCCAGGGAGAUAGUCGAGGGGAGGAGGGAAAAAGACGGCUGCUGGACAGGGGGGAGAGACAGAGAUGGAGGUGGAGGUGGGGAAAGAGGGAACAUGGCCAGGAAUGCGGAGAUGAAAGAUGAAGGCUGCUCUUGCCCACUAACUCCCAACGGGCCCUUUGCUGACUGUGUUUUUAUCUGGGGAAAGGCAGAACACAAGACUGGAAAAGAAUGAUGAAAAAAGACAAUUCCACAAGAAAAAGAGAUGAGAAGUCGAAAUUUGACUAGAGAGGGGACAAAAAAAAAAUUGAACUGUCACGAGAAUACAUUUUUAUAUUUUGAUUGGGAAAAAAAGUUGGCAUCUUAAAACUGUUAUUUAAAACUUUACAAGAAUACGUAGUUGGUUUUAUUAGAUAAGUCGCAAUGAUAUGGAAAAAAGGCAACAUUUUUCAAGGGAUGUAAAUUUUGCGAGAAUACAGUCGUUAUUUAAAAAAAUAAUAAUAAUUCAGAUCAUAAAUGUACUCUUACAAGAGAUAAAAAGUUGGAAAUGUGACAAGAAUGCAGUCAUAUUUAAAGAGAAAAAAUACAAUAAAGUUGUAAUCCUACCGGUUUUUUUUAACCUUACAGGAAGUUGAAGUUUUAGGUUUAUUAUUGAUUCAAGUCUCAAUGAUAUGAGAAAAGGAGAAAAGACAUUGUUGCAACAUUGCUACAAAGAUCGCAAUAUUAUGAGAAAAACAAGGAAUAAAAUCGUUUGUGUUACCAGAGAAAAAUCCUGAGGAAAAAUUGUAACAAGACGGUCUUUUUUUUUUUCUUUUUUCUAUAAAAGUAGCAAUACCAUACGAAACUGUUUAACAAAAAAAUAAAUUAUUCGAGAAUAGGCUCCAGUGCGCCCGCCACCCUAGUGAGGAGAUGCGGCUCAGAAAAUGGAUGGAUGGAUAUACAAGAAUACGCUCAAUAUUUGGAGAUGAAGUUGCAUUAUACUGUAUUACAACAGUCAGAAUUUUUCUUGAGAAAAGUCGUCAUUAACUUUACAAGAGAUAUAAAUUAGGACAUUUUGAGAAGUCAUAUUUUGAGGGGAAAAAAAGGUACUAGGAUAGUCAUAGUCUGAAAAACCUUUUUAACUUUACAAGACAUAAAAAGACAGAAAUGUUACAAGAAUACUUGGCUUGAGGAAAAAAAAAAGUUGUAAACUUACAGGAAAAAAGUUGUAGUGUUAUGAAAACUGUCAUAACCUCAAGGGGAAAAAAAGUUUGUAACUUCAGCAGAUAAGUAAAAAAUGUACAACUUUGCAUGAUUUUUCGAGGAAAGUUAUCUAAACCUUUUCUAAUCUUACUUUUUUUUUUUGGGGGGGGGGGGGAAAUAUCACCAUAAAGAAAUUGUGAAAAUUCUUCUUCCCAAAAAAAAAAAAUCAUAUUACGCAUUUUUUUUCUUCACUAUAAAAAUAAAUUAGUAUUUUUGUGUGUGAAAGCUGCAAUAGUACAUUUUUUUAUUAUAAGCAAUUGUGGUAAUCUAAUGAGGGGAAAAAAGUCAUAACGUUGGAUUUGUACGAUACAUAAAACAUUUUGCUUGAAACAGUGAGAUUUUGUUCUUCUUAGAAACCAAAAAACUAAUUCUCUCAUAAAUGUAUUGAGUAUUUCUGCUCAAUGCUAGCUGCUAUGCUAUUGUUUUUGCAAAGCUAUCAUGUGAUCGCUGCUAGGUUAAUCCUUAAUAAAUUUGUUGUUGCCGC